AUGCCAACCCCAAACUCCUCCACUUCUUUGGCCAAAGGCUUCCGGCGGGCAGUGUCGGAGCUGGACUCCAAGCAAGCCGAAGCCAUCAUGGUAAGAUCUCAGUCCCCACAAUUCAUUGGCAGACGACAGAGUCUCAUAGAAGAUGCCAGAAAGGAGAGAGAAGCUGCGGCUGUGGCUGCAGCUGCAGCUGCUGCCUCUGAGGCUGCUGAAUCAACUGAAACCAUCGUCUUCGAAGAGAAAGAUGGGAUGGCUAUGUUAAACCUUUUAUUCACACUCAAAGAAGCGAAGACUUCACUGCCAUCCCGUGCCCUAAAAGUAUUUGAGACAUUUGAAGCCAAAAUUCAUCAUCUAGAAACAAGGCCCAGCAAGAAACUACAAGAGGGCUCUGCUGAUCUGGAAUACUUUGUGCGAUGUGAACUCCACAGCUCUGAUCUGAGCACCCUCAUCAGUUCUCUCAAAAGGGUUUCAGAAGAUGUAAGGAGCACAAAAGAAGACAAGUUUCAUUGGUUUCCAAGAAAAAUCUCCGAGCUAGACAGAUGUCACCAUUUGGUCACCAAAUUUGACCCUGAUUUGGAUCUGGAUCACCCGGGAUUCUCUGAUCAAGUAUAUCGGCAACGGAGGAAAAUGAUAGCAGAAAUUGCCUUCCACUAUAAGCAUGGUGACCCAAUUCCUCGAGUGGAAUACACAGCAGAGGAGAUUACAACCUGGCGGGAGGUGUACAGUACACUGAAGAGUCUCUAUCCCACCCAUGCCUGCAAAGAACACCUGGAUGCCUUCCAUUUAUUGGAGAGAUACAGUGGUUACAGUGAAAAUAAUAUCCCUCAACUGGAGGAUGUCUCCCACUUUCUAAAAGAGAGAACUGGGUUCCAGCUCCGACCUGUAGCUGGCCUUCUAUCUGCUCGCGACUUCCUAGCCAGCUUGGCCUUCAGGGUGUUUCAAUGUACACAGUAUAUCCGCCACGCCUCUUCUCCCAUGCACUCUCCAGAGCCGGACUGUUGCCAUGAACUUCUGGGGCAUGUACCGAUGUUGGCAGACAAGACAUUUGCACAAUUCUCCCAGGACAUUGGACUUGCAUCUUUGGGAGCAACUGAUGAGGAGAUUGAAAAACUUGCAACACUUUAUUGGUUCACAGUGGAGUUUGGGCUCUGUAAACAGAAUGGAAUCAUCAAAGCCUACGGAGCUGGGCUCCUCUCUUCUUAUGGGGAGCUAAUACACUCUUUGUCGGAUGAGCCAGAGCUACGGGACUUUGACCCUGAUUCUACUGCUGUGCAGCCCUAUCAAGAUCAGGCUUAUCAGCCAGUUUAUUUUGUAUCAGAGAGCUUCAGUGAUGCCAAAGCUAAACUCAGGGCCUACGCAGCACAUAUCAAGCGCCCAUUUUCUGUGAAGUAUGACCCAUACACAUAUAGUAUUGAGCUUCUGGACAACCCACAGAAGAUUCACCAGUCCCUGGAGACUGUGCGCGAUGAGCUUCACUCAUUAAUUGAUGCACUCAAUAUUAUCAGCUAACACAAAUAUUCUGCCUUCAUGCCAAUGCCUAUUCCUGCAAUUGCCAAAUUGGCUUCCAUUUGGGCCAAUAAGGUUUGUUUUAGGGGUUUUGUUGCUCUCCAUUGCCAUAGUAAUGGUAGUGGUUUGUGUUGCCAUAUGCCAGAGGGGAGAGGCAUAUUGAGUGACAAGUUAGAUUGAAAAAAGCAUUAAGGAAACUUAAGAGCCUUUUUUACUACCUUUAAGGGAAAUAUGGAUCAGGCAAAAACAGUGUCAUGGUACAACA